AUGCUGCGUACAGCGAUCACACAAGUGGCGCGGGUGACGGCAGCUGUCCGUGGCUAUGGGGCUCGAUUUGCCUCGAUCAAUGGCAAUCAAGUUCGUGCAGGAAUGGCACUCGAGAUUGAUGGCGUCAUCUAUCGCGUCGGCAAGAACCAGCACGUGAAACCGGGCAAAGGCGGAGCGUACGUGCAAGCAGAGUUGAGAGAGAUCAAGAGUGGAGCGAGGAUAAAUCGUCGCUUUCGAGCUGCAGAGACGGUGAACAAGGCACCGCUAGGACCGGAUGAGCUGUUCCAGUUCCUGUACUUUAAUGGGGACCACCUCGUCGUCAUGCACAACACGACGUUUGAGCAGAUGGAGAUCGAGCGUGGUCUUUUCUCGGGUCGCCAACUGGACUUUUUGCAAGAGGGUAUGACACUGUCGUUGCAGAUCAUCGAGAGUGAUGUGCUGUGGGCAAACAUGCCGGAGUACGUGACGCUCGAAGUUACGAAAACCACCCCGAAAGGUGUAGCGGACACGGCGCUGAGCGUAAAGAAUGCGACAUUGGAGAACGGUGCAGUUGUGAAAGUGCCGCUGUUCAUCGAGAUCGGCAACAAGGUCAAAGUAGCCACAGAAGACGGCUCGUACGUCGACAAGCUGUAA